AUGCUUCGGACACUGACCACCUUUUCCCUCCUACUGGUCGGCUUUCGGGCGGCAGGAGCUCAAGCUGCCAACUCUUUCGCAGGAUCAAACCUAUACUAUGCUGCCGGCCUCUACGACGAUGACAGGACCACGUUAUUAGAGGGACUUCAAAGUGCUGGGAUGAAGGUUCUGCGUGUCUGGCUUGACGGGCAGUCUGAAACCCAGAAGGGAACCAAUAUAAGCCCUUUCCCUGAUUUAGAACCCACACAGAUUUGUGACGGGGUUGCCUCCUGCUAUAACGACACAGUACUCGAGCGGCUCGACGACUUUAUGGUCGCUGCAAAUUCGUAUGGUAUCAAGCUACUCAUCGACAUGCACAGCUAUAACGCUCUUGCAGCGGGAGACGUGUACGGAGCUGCUUAUGGUAUCGAGGACUUUUACACAGACAGCGAUGCACAGUCUGCAUUCGACCAGCGCCUCAUUCACGUUGUCAAUCACGUCCACACGACCCUUGGUCAACCUUGGAAAGAACUGAACGACUAUAUCUUUGGUUUUGAGGCUGAAAACGAGGCCAUGAUUGGAGACGGCCAGACAUUUAUCGAGGAUCAUCAACAAUGGCAGUGUGACCGUGCCACCACCAUCAAGGGCCAGCUCGGAGGCAACAGCGGUAUAUUGGUCAUGACCGGUGGAGAAUCAUGGAUGGCAGAGUCGGUCCAGCCCGAUUUCCUCUCUUGCGACGCACUGGACGUCAUUUCCAUCCAUGCGUACGGCACCGGUGACUAUGACACGUCGUCCAUCGAGAGCUACGUCAGCCAGGCACAGUCCGCGGGGAAGAUGCUCAUCAUGGAGGAAUGGGGCGCGUGUUACUUUAACACCUCAAACAACGACUGUCCGACCGGCGCCCCACUUGCAUCCGACACGCGGAACGCCAACAUCAAACAGUGGGCUGGUACCAUCACCGCUGCAGGCCUGCCUUGGCUGUAUUGGGAGGUGAUUCCCAAUGCUGACCCUCACUGGGGCAGCGACUAUGAAAUUGGAUUAGUAGAUGAUCCAUCCUGGAGCACGUUACAGGACGUUGCUCAAGCCGCCUUGGGCGCUACUGCAGCCUUCGAUUUCUCGCCUUAUCUCCUGUGA